AUGUUAAUAAGUAAGAGUGUGCUACUGAGUCAAGUGCAAAAUAAAUCAUGUGGUCAAUUUUCGUGUCAAGUGCGUAGUCUAUUUUUAUGUGUCGCUGCAACAUUCGAGUACACCAACAAUAACAAGCACAACAUCAAUUUCAUUCGUCAAUAUCAUUCGUUGCGAAGCAAUUUAGCAAACAAUAAUACGGCUCGUUUAGCAACAACACCGAAUGCAUCGUAUGCGAAUCGCAAUUAUUCGCGUUUCUCCGCCAAUACGAUACUCACUGGAACAGCAAUGAUGAAGCUCACUGAUUACGAUUGCAUCGGAUUCGAUUUGGACAAUACGUUGCUACGCUACAAACUCACGGAAAUGGUCGAGCUGGAAUACCGUGUACUCUCACAUUUCCUCAUUGAUGUCAAAGGUUAUCCGAGUAAAUAUCUAGAGCGACCAAUGGUGGAAAAUAUCGACUUUUUGCAAAAGGGACUGAUAAUCGAUUUUGCACGCGGAAACAUUCUGAAAAUCGCAUAUGACGGCUAUAUUUCGAAAGCAUGCCACGGCACAAGGCAACUGACCGAUGAUGAAAUCGUUGAUAUUUAUGGCAAAGACCGGAGCUGGCAGGUAACAAGCGACUUUUGCAAGAAUUUAUUGGAAGCAUGGCAUGGACCGUUGGCUGACGACAUGAGAACGCUACUCGAUUACUUUGAUAUGCCUGCAUCACUGGUAUUCGCACGAAUUGUCGAUACACUUGAUGAUGCCAACGGCAACAGACCACUACCGAAAUACAACAUUUGGCCCGAUAUACUCGAUGGUUUGGGUGAGAUUUUUACGUGGGAGCAUUUCGAAAAUGAUCGAAGCAAGUAUUUUGCCAGUGUUAAAUCAGAUCCAGGAAAAUAUAUCCAUCGAUCGUCGGACGCACUGAAAAAAUGGCUAACGGAAUUGCGAAAACACAAAACGAUAUUUUUAUUGACCGGUUCACACGUAGACUUUGCUAGUUUCACGUCCAGCUAUGCAUUUGGAAAGGAUUGGCGCAAUUACUUCGAUGUCAUUGUAUGCUAUGCUAAAAAACCUGGAUUUUUCACGAAAGAUCGCGCAUUUUUGCGCUCACACGAUACCGAAGAAACAAACGAAGAAAUCGAUCCGUCAAAACUGAAACUAGGCGAUGUGUAUACACAAGGCAAUUGGAAUGGUUUGAUGCAGUGUUUAGCUCAAAAGUCCAAAACAACCACUCCAAAAGUUCUUUAUGUUGGUGACAAUUUGAUACAAGACGUUUACUCGCCCAAUGAAUAUUCAAAAGCCGACACGAUUGCGCUUGCCGAAGAGAUGAUGGCCGAAGGAAUGACCGGACGUGCAUCGGAACAUAAAGAUAAACGAUUACUCACGUCUCCAUUGUGGGGCACAUACUUUUUAGCAAGCAACGAUGAACCAACCAUUUGGCUCGAAAUCAUUCGCAAACAUGCAAAGCUCUGUGUUCCGAAUUUGGAUUUUAUCGCUGCUCAUCCGAUCGACCAAGAAUUCAAGAUUUUUACCCAGAAAAUGUGUACAAAUGGCUUCUAUCCGAACGAACCGCUUUGCUUCACAAAAUAGAUUACCAACACAUUCAAAGGGUCUAUAUGAAUAUAACACUAAAAUAUCGAUUUAAUGUAAAGACUCUACGCAAAUUUACCAUAAAUUUAAUUCAAAAUGGAUUUUAAUUAAAUCUAUGUGAUUUUUCUUUUUUGCUGAUUUCGAACUAUAGUAGAUUACACAACACAGAUAUACAACAUACCAGUUUCUUUACCAUAUAUCAAACACACACACACGUUUCUUCUGUUACUAGAUGUAAAAUAGAUUCUGACCACUUCUUAUUUUUAAAAUAGACAAUAAAUGUAAUGAAUAAUGCAUAGCUACGAAUAAAGAUAUGGAUUGUCAUUGUAA